CCGUGACGCUGCAGGCAGCGAGCAGCUCCUGCUCCACUCGCUGCUCCGUCGGUGCUGCUCGCGUCGCGGGGAUGCUGGCUCGGCUCGGUAUCUGACCAUGCUCGUGGACCGGCGGCCCGUCCGGACCGCGGCCCUUCACGUCCGCUUCCUCCAACAGUACCUGGUUCUUCUGAAGAAGUACCCCGUCCUCACGAAGUCUGUGACGAGUGGCAUCCUCACAGCUUUGGGAAAUCUUCUGUCUCAAAUUUUGGAGGCCAAAAAAAAAGCCACCAAUGGAUCCGUGGUCAGCCAGAUGGACCCGGCUGGAGCGGCCCGCUACGCCCUUUAUGGGUUGGUUGUUACAGGACCGCUGAGCCACUACUUCUACCAGCUGAUGGAGGGGUGGCUGCCCCCCACAGAGCCGCUCUGCGUCGUGAAGCGGCUGCUCCUGGACCGGCUGCUGGUCGCCCCCGGCUUCCUGCUCGUCUUCUACUUUGUGAUGAACGUCUUGGAGGGUAAAGGGCGGAGAGACUUUGAAAAGAAGAUGAGAGGAAGUUACUGGACUGCUUUGAAGAUGAAUUGGAAAGUGUGGACUCCCUUCCAGUUCAUCAAUAUCAACUUUGUGCCUGUUCAGUUCAGAGUGCUGUUUGCCAACAUGGUCGCCUUAUUCUGGUACGCCUACCUGGCAUCGGUGAGGAAGUGAAACCUCGGGUUCCUCACGGAAAAUGAACCUGGAGGAAACUUCAGCUUAGCUGUGACGUUGGCGUCUGUUGACUGUCCUGUUUAUAUACUGGACAACAUCAAGUAGUAUUCAUUAUGUUGACUUCAAGCCACGACAACAUGCUCUGUUGGACACUAGUGUUUAUAAUUACUGAGGAGAAUACAUUUAUUUGUCACAGAACACGAACAAAAUGGUGUCCAUUGAAAUGGUAAACAUUGCAUUAUGA